UAAUGACAGAAUGGAGACUUGAAUCUAUAAAGGGAAAAUGGCGAAGAUUGUGAAAGGGUCCGAAUCAUUGCCUACGAUUCUGAUCUGUGAAUAUUGCACUAACCUUACGUUCAAGCAAAUUGAAGAUUUCAUAAGACAUUUGAGAGAUCAGCACUGCUCUAGGGAAGGUGGUUCAUUCGUGUGCCUUUAUGGUUAUAAUGGAGUAUGUAUUAGUCUUCCUGUGGAAGGUGUUUCCGAUAAAGAUUAUGUAGCACACGCUACUAAGCAUGCGACAAUGCAGCAACACAAAAGCAACGGGGACUUGUCAGAGCCUUCAUCUUCAUGGACCGUGUAUUCAGCAGCACAAAAUUUGCCAGCUGUCCUAAACGAUCCCUUCAAAGGAAAGCAGAGCAAUUUUUUAACUCGUACUUGGGGAGAUGGAUUCGUUGAAAAGGUUGACAUACCUAAAAGUCCUUAUCUACCAGACAUCACUAUGCAACAUUUCGAAUCAUAUCUGAAGAAGAUUGCAAGGAGGUAUAGGAAACAUUCUCGUAUGAAUUCAAGUGUUAAGAGACCGACCACACCAAAUGAGUUGCUGCAAAAUUUCCCAAAUUUGCGGAAGGUUAAAUCUUUAGAUCGAAUGCAAUUUGAUUUAUCCAAUAUUCCGAAAAUCUUUUUGACACCCAACUUAGAUCUCUCCCAGAAAGAUAAUUUUUAUGCGGUAUUUCCGUUUACAAAAAGCGGAUUGUUAAAUGAGGAUUCUAAUAUUGUUAUCCACGUAAAACAAAUGCAAGAGAAGCUGAGUCACUAUUUAGAUGUUGUGGAAGUUAGAAUAGCAGAGCAAGUUGCUUCCAAGUCCCAAGCAUUUUUCCACGCUAUGACUUCUCAUGACGCUUUAAUGGAGCAACUUACGCAAACUAUUACAGUUUUAAAAGCCCUUAGGAGAAAUAUACACCAAGUUGAUAAGCAUCUAGUCAAGGAUUCAUUAGGAAUUUUGAAAUUGGAGCGAGCACGGUCCAACAGAUUAUUAGUCCAAGAGAAACUGAAACUUAUGGCUACAGUGCACCAGAGUCAACCGAUGAUUCAAUUAUUAUUAUCUACGCCAGACUAUGUUGCAGCGUUAGAUCUCAUUGCUACGACACAAGAAAUACUUCUGCAGGAAUUGAACGGCGUACACAGUUUUAGGCAUUUAAGUUCACAAUUAACAGAAAUGGAGAAACUCGUUGAUAAAAUGUUGUCUACGGAAUUCCAACGCUACGCAACUGCGGAUUUGAAUAGACCGUUAGGAGGAGAGAAUACAGUUUUGGAUGGUGAUAAACUUGUUUCCAUCAUUUCUGGUCUUCUGCGGCAAAAGCAUUUUCAAUUUGUGGAUACUUAUAAAGAGGAGGCUGUGACGACGGUCCGGGCUGUGACGAAACAGAGAGUCAUAGAAGCUUUGACAGCCAGCGAUUGUUGCAGCGAUCAACAAGCCGCGGCUCUGGAAGUCGGGGGACUUUCUCUCGCGGAGAGAUUAACGUUACUUCACAAUUCUAUACAAUCUUUGACAUUCCUUCUUAUGAGAGUGAAGGCUGUACACGACGUAAUGCGAGAUACAAUAGACCUCGCAGCAGGUCGAGUGUGUGACGGUACAUUCGACGAUACAAUACCUGAUCGCUUAUUAACUCGAGCAGAACAUUCGCGAGUAAUGACCAAGCUGAACGAUAUGAUGACGUCAAUUUGUGAUUAUUGUCAUGAACGAAUGGGAAAUCUGCUCUCAGCAGGUACAAGUGACAAAGAUAAUAAGCAGAAUGAAAAAGAAAAGUGGAACAAUGAAAAUUCCAAUAAUAAGCAAGAAGACAAGGACAGUAAAAACGAUAAAUCGUCUUGGUUGAGUAAAAGAGCCACGUCGGCUCAGGUUUGCCAGUUGGCUAGUUUAGUUGAAGAGUUUACAGAGACAUGUGAGAAAGUCUGUGGUAAACAAUGCACAGGCCUGCGAUCUGCGUUUAAGGCACAAGCUAGUAAAUUUAUUCAACGAUUUCACACGGAACUAAAAACGAAGCUCACUCUUUUAUUGGAGUCUGAAAAGUGGAAACAAGCCGAUGUGCCACCGGAAUUUCAGUCACUAAUAACAUACGUAUAUGAAAAUAAAACUUUUCCACCAAAUCUACUUAAGGCUGAUGAUAAAGUUAAAAACGAUAGUAUUCAACAUUUUAUUGUGGUAGGAGAUGAAAAGUAUGCCGUUGUUGGUACAGUUGUAAUGCUUAUACAAAUGAUUCACGAAUAUUGCAGGACUGGUAGUGAAUUAGUUGCUCUAUCAGGAACAGUUGGAAGGCAUUUGGCUGAAUUACUACGGCAUUACAAUUCACGUUGCUGCCAGCUUGUCCUCGGGGCGGGAGCCAUGCAAGUUGCUGGUUUGAAAACUAUUACCAGUACGAUACUUGUAUUAGCGGCACGCAGUUUGAAACUAAUUUUGUGGCUGAUGCCUUAUGUGAAAACACAUUUUUUAAUGCUUGCGGAGCAGAAUCCUAACCGCAAUCUUGGUACCUCAAAUAUAAGUGGCGGCGUCGCAUUAUUAGAUAGCGUUGAAAGAGAUAUUCGCGCGCACGUGAAAGAAAUUGAAACCAAAAUUCUUACUAUCGUCGACAAUCUCUUGGGCGGUCAGAUAUCAAAAUGGACUGCAAGACCGCCGGUACCAUCGAAGUCGUUUAGAAACAUUUCUAGUUAUCUGAUGAAACUAUAUGAAGCAGUUUCUGGAAUUCUGCCAGCAGUUGAAGUACAAACCCUGUAUCGUACGGUAAACGCAUCUUUCAAAGAGAAACUUAGAGAGCAAUUAGUCAAAAUGAACAUAGUGAAUAACGGUGGCCCACAACAUGGUGUAGUUACGUCUGAACUUACGUUUUACCUUGAGGCAUUACGGAAAUUAAAAGUGUUACCGAUUAAUGAGUUAGAUGAUAAUUGGAUGAGUGACAUAUGGACUAGAUAACAUGCAGAGCGUGUGAUUUAUUGCAUAAUAGAAGCGAUGAAGUAUUGUAGAAAACGGUGACUAAUCUUUAUUACAGUCUUCCUUCCACAUACGGUUGCAUCGGUGACUAUUUAACGUUUUGAUGGAUUUUUAAAACGACGUCGCUUGUAUCGGAAUUGUUCGUAUAAAUAUUUAUAAUUACUUUAUUUGUAAGAUUGUAUCGAAUGCAGUCUGUUUGGUAAUACGAUAAGGAAUUUACAAGUAGCAUUUUUAUAAAAUGCUCGAACUCGGCUCGAUAUUCCAAAAAUAUAUGUAAAUAACCUGCGAUUUUUGUUUAAGGAACAUGAUAUUAUCUUGUAUUGGUUGUUGACAUUUAAUAUAAAUUAUCAAUUACUUUAAUUACUAAAUUCGGUUACACGUCUUGUGUCUCCCAAACAUUCUUAUCUGCCAUAGUGUUCAUACGUAUAAAUUUCGUACCUAUCGAAUAACUUCGUAAAGGAAUAUAGACAAAUAAUAGAAAGUUAUUUUCUUUCGUGUCUGUAACAAAUGUAAGAAGGAGCUUAUUUGCAAGAGAAUACAGGUGGAAUAUCAGUUAUUCGAAAACUGUAAUAUGAUUCAAAUGAAUUUAGUCUGAUGCAAAUGAGUAUGCAGUAGGAGGACCAAAUAAUAAGCAUUUUUUUCAUAAUUAUUUAACAAAAUAUAUUAGGAAGAUAUACAUGUGAUAUAAUGUAUAUCUUUCAAUAACGCAAAUCUGGUUUAGCAUAGAUUAAAAAAAGAUCUGAGAAAUGAAAUUUUGAAACAUGCAAUGACUGCUUUCAUUGUUGUGUUCAUUGCCCCCUUUAAUCUCAGAGCAUGUUUUACUGGAGGCAGCUUCUUAAAGAGGAGCUAGAAAUGGUUACGUGCUAUCUCUCUCUCAUAGCACUGACUACAACUUAUUAGUAAGCGAUAUGAAAUUUGGAGCAAUUUGAAUGGGAAAGGAUUCGUGCUGAGAGAAAAAGACAGCAGGUAGAUAAACUAUAGGUCUCUGUUUACGAUUUUGUCUACACUUUCGAUAGAUAAGGAAGCUGCAUUCAGUAGUACAAAGAUCAUAAAUAUUGGAACGCAUUUCUAAACUGAAUAACUUUUCUACUUGCUGAACUUGAUGAAUUAAGUUUUUUUGAAUUGUUAGAAAUAUUAGUUUACUAUAUUGCUGUAGGUCGGAUUUACGGAGGAAAUAGACGUAUCGAAAGUUGUUGAAUUUUCUUAAUUUAUUAAACUCUUAAGGUGAAAACUAUCAAAACCUACGAUUGUAUUAAUUUCUGCAAGCAUUCUCAAUGACAGCAGCGUUAAUCGACUUUAAUGAAACUUUGUACAUGCAUAUAACGUGCUUAGAUUUACAUAAAGCAUGUUUUAAAUUUUUAUUAAGAAGUAGAAUACAAAUCGUAUUUCUUGUAUAUCCCACUAUAAUUUUGUUCAACUUUCUUUUAUGCAUUAUAUAGUAAACUAAGUCUUCUCAUACUCCAAAGAAUGUUAAGUUGUUCGGUGGAAUAUUAAAAAGUUAUUCAGUUUUGAAUUGUGGACUCCACUGUAUAUGCUCUAAGGAUUUAACUAUGAAGAAUAUAUUGUCAAACUGACUUUUCCCAUAUUUAUUAUAACAUUUUUGUGUACCAUUUGAUUCAAUCUGUCUUCUUUUUAACAGAUUGUUACAUUUUUUAACAGGAAAUAUAACUUUCUCGUAGAUACAUCGUUCAGUAGAAUCCAUUCACACAGACUCUAAAGAGACAUUCAACUCUAAAGUGCCCUGUUUAUCAUACACUUUUGUAGAUAUAAAAUGAGUACAUAACAUGUAAAAAAAUGUAAACCAAUUACAACAAAAGAAUUUCGAUAAUCAUUUACAAAAAGAAAAAAAAACAAAAUGCAGUUUUCUAAUAUUUAAUUCCUGGUAGUUCGAAGAUAUUCGUGGUUGUAUCAGACUUCCCCGUAGUUAUUAAUUCGACAUCGCAUACGUUUAUUUCGAAUUAUAAAACGUUAGAAACAUAAAGAUAUGUAUUGUAGGACUUAUGUAAAGGAUUGUAACCAUCUUCUUCAUCGUUAUUACCAAAGAUAAAAUUAUUGACUGUUACUCUCUUAUAUUACGUUCCACAAAUAAAUUGUGCGAUUACGAUUUGG